AUGGUGGAUAUUAUUUUUCACUAUCCUUUUCUGGGUGCUAUGGGGGAUCAUUCCAAGAUUUGGGAUCUGUCGAAGAAGCUGAGCCGGGACCGCGCUGAAAGCUGCGGUGUCGAUGUUGGGAUAGAAGGGAGUCGUUGUGAGCGGGCGGAAAUCCGGGCUUGGCUAACAGUGUGGACGCGGAGACGUCCGGGGCUCCCCGGUGUCACUGUGCUGUCUGUCGCCUGCCUCCCCUUUUCGUUCCCUUGUGGUCGCACUUCUAAGAGCAAGAGCGGGAGAGCGAGAGAGCGAGAGAGGCCGCGCCGCGUCUGUGGGGUGUGCGAGUGUGUAGCCCGCCGCCAAGCUUCCGACGGGAAGCUAGUGCGAGAGGCCCUAGCCCUGGGAACCCAGCUGUGCGUUAGCGUGAGAGCUUCUGGAGUUGUGUCCUCCGUGGCUCGGACUGUGUCCCCUACUCUUCGCUUUCCCCGCACUGCGAUUCCCAUCUCUUCCUCCAAAACCCCACCUUCUUCCAGAGGGCGCAACGCCGGGUCCGGAAGACAGCCCUCGCUGCGCACGCACGUGCACAAGCAGGCGGAGAAGACGACCAGGGUGCGGACUGUGCUCAACGAGAAGCAACUGCACACCCUGCGGACAUGCUACGCCGCCAACCCGCGGCCCGACGCGCUCAUGAAGGAGCAGCUAGUGGAGAUGACUGGCUUAAGCCCACGGGUCAUCCGCGUGUGGUUCCAGAACAAGCGUUGUAAGGACAAGAAGAAGUCCAUUCUUAUGAAGCAGCUACAGCAGCAGCAGCACAGCGACAAGGCGAGUCUCCAGGGACUGACUGGGACGCCUCUGGUGGCGGGCAGCCCCAUCCGCCAUGAGAACGCGGUGCAGGGCAGUGCAGUCGAGGUGCAGACUUAUCAGCCGCCUUGGAAAGCGCUCAGCGAGUUUGCACUCCAGAGUGACCUGGACCAACCCGCCUUUCAACAGCUGGUCUCCUUCUCCGAGUCUGGCUCCCUAGGAAACUCCUCCGGCAGCGACGUGACCUCUCUGUCCUCACAGCUCCCGGACACCCCCAACAGUAUGGUGCCAAGUCCCGUGGAGACGUGAGCGGGGACCCCAUAGCUGCCAGCCCGCGGACCUCGCAUGCUCCCUGCAUGAGACUCACCCAUGCUCAGGCCAUUCCAGCUCUGAAAACUCUCCGGCCCUUGUAAUUAUUGUUGUUAUUUAAAAGCGAGGGGGCAGAGGCAGGAGACCGCGACAGGACGGCCAGAAGAGCGGGAGGCGGCAGCCUGCCCCGCCCGGACUGGAGACUCCUGCUCCGAGGACUUUUCUUUUUUUUCCCCAAGUAGAAUUUGGGACUUGCUGGCUUAGCUCCGCCCUCGCGUGGGGAGCUGACAC